AUGCCCUUCGUCGGCAACGGGUCAAUUGUAAUAGUGACACAAGCAAAGAGAACCGAGCCCCCUCCAGUCGACAUUCUCUGGCCGCGUAGCGCCCAACCCCGCAUCCCUCUCCUGUGUGUGGUCUCCGGAGUCGUCCCGUCUGAAGUUCGCGUGUUCUGGGUCAUAGAUGGGGAAGAGGACAGCGGGUUUACCGAGUCGUUUUGGACAAAAGACGGCGGGGAGGUGGUAGAGUCCGCCCAAAACCGGGUUCUGGUUCCUGCGGAGGAGUGGGAGAGAGGAGUCGUGUGCACGUGCGUGGUGGAGUAUGCCGGGAAGAACUUUUCAAAAAGCGUCCAAAAUGGAGGGAACCCUGACGCAUGCGCGGUGCUCCUCUACGGAGCUCUCGCUGGAGCGGCCCUCACCGUCAUCGUGGCGAUCUGCAUCUCUGUCUCCUUACUUCGCGGUCGUUCUGUGAGAAGCGAUGGAGACUCACGGGAACAGAGAAGAACCACGAACUUGGAGCCCAGACACCGUUCUGGGAAGCAACGAAGGGGAUCGCCGAUUGAUCAGACUAUGUCGGAGGUGCAGUACGCCAGUUUGGAAGAAGCAAGUUUAGCUAGACGGACACACAGGCCUACUGUGUUGCACUGAAUAAGUAAAAUGUUCCGGCCAGUUUGUUUGGCGUUGCAAAAUAGAGACAUAGCCUCUUUUUUUCUAGUUCCAAAUGAAUUCUGCCAUC